UUCAUCUUUUCACCUUAAUUUAAAGUACAAUAGAUCAAACUCAUGACUGUUCCAUUUAUAGAAAAAGUUUUAAGUCAUGGGAAAAUGGAAAAUCUGCUGUGCAGUGACAGCGGUUUUGUUCAUCAUUGUCGUAGUGGUUUUAGUUACCUUGUGCUUCACUCUGUUUAAACCUAAAGACCCCAAGAUCACUCCUCAGUCUGUUACCCUUGAAAGCAUUCAUUUGGUAGUUUUCCCAGUUGUAAAGGGAAACGUUUCAUUGGGAUUAGAAGUCACGGUUGAUAAUCCAAAUUACGGAGGCUUUAAGUACAGAAAUAGUACAGCUUAUAUAUUUUAUCGUGGAAAUUUAGUGGCAGAAGCUCCAAUCGAAAAUGACUCGAUCUCAGCUCGAGCAAAGCAUAAUAUUAGCACAAAAGUGAUCAUCUUUGCAGAAAAGUUGGGAACGGAUGGUAAUUUCGUGAUCGAUAUUUUAAGUGGGAUUCUCAAUUUUACUUCAUCAACGAUCUUGCAUGGAAAAGUGAACGUGUUCAACAUCCUCAAGUUGAAAGCUUCAAGCAGCAGCAGCUGUAACAUCUCCGUUUUGGUUCAAAACCAGACCGCUUAUUCUGUUUGCAAAAUCAAAACAAGGUUAUAAUUACUGCCGGGGGAACUUUUUAGUUCGUACAAACCGGAUACAUUUAUUCUGCAAGAAUUAAUACAAGAGACCACAGUUGUUGAUUCAUCAAAAUAGUUGUCAUUGGUAAUAAAGGAAGUUGGUGUGUUGCUUCAAUAAUCUUUAUUAAGCUAUACUUGAGUAUUGAUUGAAGUAUGGUGAAACAUUUAUUUUGAACAAUUAUU